AUGAAAUGUGUCACUUUCAAAAACAAUCACAUUAAAACCUUGGACAACAACAUAGAAAUCGUGGCACGGACAUUGUACGAUCAUCUCAAGAGCAUGGGUACGAUCGAAGCGGAUGUUAGCGUACUCAGACGAUUUUAUGAAGAGGACUCGUCGGCCGUUCAUGCUACGUCGCCACUGAUGGACAACUGUAACGAGAACGAUUCCACACAGGUGCUACUGAAUCAAGUUUAUACAAUUGUAACCAAUCUGUACAAAGAGUUGGUUACUAAGGAAAAAAGUAAAAAUAAAUCUAAAUAA